ACUUCACCUAUUACGAAACAUUGGGGAGUACAACCCAUCUUUUGGAUGCAUUGUCGCAUAGUGGUAUAUGAGUGACUGUCUGUGCUUCGUAUUCUCUUUAACUUUGUGACCAAACUCUAUUAUCGUUUCUUCUUUCUUAAUUCUUAACGGAUUAUUAACUCAUCUUUCAUCUCUCACGCCCGAUGGAUCCUAUCUAAUUACUUGCUUAACCUACACUUGCUACCUAUCUCCUGAUUCUGUUUCGGCCUAGGCACUCUCAUUCAAUAUGUCUGAAGAGAGGAGUAAGAUCUCGCUUCGUAGCGGUCCUAAGAGGAAAGGUCGUCCUACCAUCAGUGCACCUCGCCAGAUAUCAGAACCAAUUCCGAACGAUGGCGUCCCAGUGCCUCGAAGUACAGGUGGAAGAGUCGGUCCUGGUGGACCUGGCGGUCCAGCACCUCCUCGACAGCGCCCGCCUCCCUCAGCUGGUGGAAAGACUGGUGAUCUAGUCAAGCGACGCUAUUCCACCCGGUUUAAUAACCUCCCCAGCAAUUUCGACCCCACAGCUCCCCCAAUCCCUUCUAUGCCCAAUUUUAACAUCUCGAAAUACGAUCAACCCCCUCCAAGAUCUCGACCGCCCCCAUCGCGUGAUGGAGGUGCACCUGGCGGCCCUCGAGGUGCGCAACCUGUCGUGGACCCAAAGGCACUUCGAGACCCAAGACUCGUUCCGGAUCAAUACGUCGCCAAUAUCCUUAGUGAGGCUACCGAAGACGAAAUUCGGGACUACGAAACCGCUUUGCGCAAGUUGAAAAACAGAGCAUCGGCAGAUCUACAACAGAAUGUCUACCAGAACCGGGCCCAGUUCAUUAAGAUUAGCAAGGAAGCAGAGAAGCUAAAAUCGGAGAUGCGCACAUUGCGAAACUUGUUCAAGGAGCUGGCCACCAAUACGAAUGCGCUGAGGGCUGCUUCUGGAAGUAGCAGUACUUCUGUUACUGGAGAUUUCUCAACCGGCCUAAGCAAGAGAGAUAAACGAAGUUCGGUAGCGGAUAGGACGGCCCUGUGGAACAGCCAGAUGCAAGCCCUUUACAAAAACGUCGAAGGCUCGCAGAAAUUCCUGCCCAAUUCAAUGGGUAGGCAUGUGAUCCAAAAUGCCGGAGCCUGGAUCGAACUUGACAAUGCGACAUACAAAUCGAGACGAUCUAUGCAGUUAUUUCUUCUUAACGACCACCUUCUUGUCGCUUCGCGUAAGAAACGUAAGACAGACAACCCAAAUGAUAUGCGUGGUCCAGCCACGAAACUUGUUGCGGAUCGCUGUUGGCCAUUGCUAGAUAUCGAAGUCACCGACAUGGCUGCCACGAGUGAAUCUUAUAGCGGUAGGAAUAAGCUUGCAGAUGCUAUCAUGGUCCGAGGAGUGGGUCAGGAGUCAUUCAUCUAUAGGACGGAGAAACCCGAAGACCCUGAGAAGGCGACCUUGGUACUAAACAUUCGAAAGGCGGUCGAAGAACUACGAAAGAAUUUGCAGUCUGAGAUGGAGGCUAAUAAUAAGGCCAAGGAGACCAUUAACUACUUUGCCUCCCGAGAUCCGGGUUUACUACAAAAGACGGAGCUACUCGAGACGCUUUCUGAUAUUAAGGACAUGCUUAUUGAGGUAGACGGCAAACAGCAGAAUCUCCGCUGGGUUGAAGGUCAGAUGGAUGAGCUUGAUAUUUACAUCGCUCUUCAGAAGUUUGAGCAGGCAGUUGAUCUCGUUGAGAAAAUGCAGAAACUUGCGCGUGGACUGAAGAACAAUGUUAUCGCUCAAGAUUUCAUUGAUUUCAAGGUUGAGGAGAGAUGCUCGAAGCUAGCUGGCUUGAUCAUACGGGAAGUUAUCGACUCGCAUAGCCAACCGCUGAAGACUAAGCGGAAUGUUGAGUGGCUGAACAGACUAGGCUUUGAAGACCGUGCAAGAGAUGCAUAUCUCAAGGCUCGUGGCGAUCUAAUUCAGAAGCGGUCGAGACAAUGCAUCUUCCAAGGCGAUCUCCAUUUGUAUAUCUGGCAGGUCUCGUUCGUCUAUUUCAGUAUCAUCAGAAACACCGUGAGCUGUUUCCAAAGCUGCUUCCCUCAAACGAUGAUGAGCGCUUGUGUGAAAUGGGCCAAGGAAGAAGUAGAUGCCUUCAACGUGAUCCUAGCUAGACAAUUGAGUAGUACCGAGAGAGACGGAACAGUAUGGAAUCAGUGCAUGGAGAGAGCUAAAACCCAUGCGAAAAUGCUGGAAGAAGUACAGUUGGAUUUCCGAGACCUGGUUGGUAGAGAUGUACCUCAAGGUACAAAAUCAAAUGACCCGAUUGGGCUUGGGUUGACAUAGUUGUAUACUUAUUACUAUUGUAUUGUAAACAGCACCGGUAUUUGGAGAUACAUAUUGUCUGAUUUUGCUGUAAGAAUUAAGUGUGGUGUCAGCUAUUAGUCGAAUCGUAUACGUACGUGUCUAUCUGGAUAUGUUAAGCAGAGAAAAGUAGGAUGAAGGGAGGGAUGGAGGGGCAAGUACAAAGAAGGCAGGGUUUUUGGUGAUGGGUGAGCCGCAUUUUAAACGAAGACUGACGUAGUACUGGACUAGUAUUAGGUACAUUAUUAGGUACAUGUUACCUAGGAAGGUACGCCGUAAGUGGGUAGAAAGAUAGCUGUAGGUACCUAAGCCUGCCCACCUUCCCGCCGUAUGUACCUAACUUUGGGAUGUUCCUGUUCCCUUGGAAGGUCCGACCGCAU